AUCCAUUUCUUAGAUUCUGGUUGCCUGUCAUCCUCUCACUCUCUCUCUUUCUCUCUCUGCUAUUGCCUGUGCCAAGAAACAGAGAAGAAGAGCAUGGCCACCACCACACUCACCCUUCUUAGAUCUCCUGUUCUUGCUAGGAAGCUUCCAUAUAUACACUCAAAGUUUCCAUCUCUUCCUAAACCAUCAAAACUAGAUCUUUCUAAGAAGGAAUCCAGUAAACUACUCAAUGAAAAUAUUCACCAAUUAAUAAGUUCAGCAUCCCUUCCCAUUACAGCAUUCUCUUUACCCUUGUUUUUAGAUGCCAAGGAUGCAUUUGCUGUUGGUGGAGAGUUUGGGAUAUUGGAAGGAAAAACAUUUGCACUCAUACAUCCUGCUGUGAUGGGGCUUUUGUUCUUCUACACGUUGUGGGCUGGGUAUUUGGGUUGGCAAUGGAGGCGAGUCAGGACUAUACAGAACGAGAUCAGUGAGCUCAAGAAACAAGUCAAACCUGCUGCAGUUACCCCCGAUGGGAAACCUGUCGAAGCUCCACCUUCUCCUGUUGAACUCAAGAUCCAGCAACUCACCGAGGAGAGGAAGGAGUUGAUAAAAGGAUCAUACAAGGACAGGCAUUUCAAUGCAGGAUCAAUAUUGCUUGGAUUUGGAGUUCUUGAAUCAAUUGGUGGAGGACUCAACACUUGGUUUAGGACAGGAAAACUGUUCCCCGGACCCCAUUUGUUUGCUGGAGCAGGCAUCACAGUUCUAUGGGCGGUGGCAGCAGCUCUAGUGCCUGCAAUGCAGAAAGGGAAUGAGACGGCAAGGAAUCUUCACAUCGCAUUGAAUGCACUAAACGUUCUGCUCUUUAUAUGGCAAAUACCCACUGGAUUUGAAAUAGUUUUAAAAGUAUUUGAAUUCACUAAAUGGCCUUGAAGAAUUGCAGGUAUUACUCCCAACUAUGAAAUCCCAUACAGGCAAAGCAAGGUAUUACUUUUUUCUCAAGUAAAGUGGUUUAAUGCGAUAGAUAAGUACAUUUUUUUUUUCCACUGGGCCACUACCCCUGUCAUUUUUUCAUGCCCUUGUAUAAAUAUAUAUAAUUACAUAUGUCUCGUGAGAGAAUUUAGCA